AUUUAUGCAUCUGGUUUUCAUCACGCCACUAUCGUAAGAUACAGAAUGAAAAUGUAGUAUAAUUCUUUCAUGCACAAAUAAUAACACGUUAUAUCAAGGAUUAUAUACGGAAAUAAUAACAGAUUCCCGCUGGACAUGUCGGACUCUAAGAAGGAGGUGGAGUUUGUGUUGGGUGUUGAGGGUGCAGCCUCUCCCCAGGGCAGAGAGGAUGGGCCUGACCCCCUGUCCCCACCAGGGAGCUCCUCCACCCCAAACAUAGCCAUUCCCGUCCGCCCAUCACGCUCAGAGCCGGUCAACAUCAAUGUGGGCUCGCCCAAGGGUCAAGGACAGGGACCAGAGUUGGCCAUGAGCCCACGCUCCAUGCUUAGGUCGCCGCCAGGUCACAGGCACUCUAUGUCGGGCCACUUUGACAUGCGGGGCCGCAAGCUUCCCUACCCCAAGGAGCAAACCAUGGCCACGCCCGAGGAGCUUGUCAAGACCUAUGGUGGGGCCAAGAGUCGUGUCAUCAAGAAGGUGCUGAUAGCCAACAAUGGUAUCGCCGCUGUCAAGUGUAUCCGCUCGGUGCGACGCUGGGCGUAUGAAAUGUUCCGCUCAGAGAGAGCAAUCAGAUUUGUUGUCAUGGUUACCCCAGAGGACCUCAAGGCCAAUGCUGAGUACAUCCGUAUGGCCGACCAGUACGUACCGGUACCUGGAGGGACCAACAACAACAACUACGCCAACGUGGAGCUAAUACUUGACAUCGCCAAGCGCACACAGGUCCAGGCUGUAUGGGCGGGGUGGGGCCACGCCUCCGAGAACCCUAAACUGCCUGAACUGCUGCACAAGAAUGACAUCACAUUCAUUGGCCCCCCAGAGCAUGCGAUGUGGGCUCUGGGUGACAAGAUAGCCUCCUCCAUCCUGGCCCAGACCGUGGGGGUACCCACCCUCCCCUGGAGUGGCUCUGGGCUCAAGAUCCCGUGGCAGGAGUCAGACACCCGCGGGAAGCCAGCCACAGUGAGCCCGGAUGUGUACAAGAAAGGGUGUGUGUCUGACGCAGACGCUGGCCUGCAUGCGGCCCAGGAUAUCGGGUUCCCAGUGAUGAUCAAGGCCAGCGAGGGCGGUGGAGGCAAGGGGAUACGCAAGGCUGACAACGCCAACGACUUCAAAAAUCUCUUCAGACAGGUACAGAUGGAGGUACCAGGCUCGCCAAUAUUCAUAAUGAAGAUGGCGCAGGCUGCACGCCACCUGGAGGUCCAACUGUUGGCAGAUGCGUACGGCAAUGCCAUCUCGCUGUUCGGUCGUGACUGCUCCAUCCAACGGCGGCACCAGAAGAUCAUUGAGGAGGCCCCUACCACCAUAGCCUCCAGUGAGACCUUCCGGAGAAUGGAGGAGGCAGCUGUUAAGCUUGCCAAGAUGGUUGGGUAUGUGAGUGCAGGAACAGUAGAGUACCUGUACAACGCAGACGACGGAACGUUCUACUUCCUGGAGCUGAACCCCCGUCUGCAAGUGGAACAUCCCUGUACUGAGAUGGUAGCAGAUGUGAACCUACCAGCCCUACAACUCCAGAUUGCAAUGGGCCUCCCACUCCACUGCAUGAAGGAUAUCCGGUGUCUGUACGGAGAGAACCCUUUCGGAAGCAAGCCCAUCAACUUUGAGCGCCCGGCAGUGAAGCCCCAGCCGAAGGGUCACGUGAUUGCAGCCCGUAUCACCAGUGAGAACCCUGAUGAGGGAUUCAAGCCCAGUUCAGGUACCGUUCAGGAGUUGAACUUCCGGAGCAGCAAGAACGUGUGGGGCUAUUUCAGUGUGACAGCGUCUGGUGGUCUUCAUGAGUUUGCAGACUCUCAGUUUGGUCACUGCUUCUCCUGGGGAGAGGAUCGGGAGGACGCUAGAGAGAACAUGGUGAUUGCCUUGAAGGAGCUUUCUAUCCGAGGUGAUUUCCGCACAACAGUGGAGUAUCUUAUAAAGCUGAUGGAGACAGAUGAGUUCCAAAACAAUCGCAUCACCACUGUCUGGCUUGAUAGACUCAUAGCUGAAAAAGUGCAGGCAGCCAAACCCAAUACCAUGCUAGGUGUAAUCUGUGGGGCCCUGCACAUCGCAGACAGCAAGGUGCAGACGGCAUUCAAUGACUUCCAGGUGUCCCUGAGCAAGGGUCAGGUCCUGCCAUCCAACUCUCUGAAGAACGUGGUGGACGUCGAGUUUAUAUAUGAGGGGGUCAAGUACACGCUGCAGGUGGUCAAGAUAGGCCCUGUGCGGUACUUCCUGGCCCUCAAUGGUUCCACGUUGGAGCUCGAGGCCCACCGCCUGUCAGAUGGGGGUCUGCUGCUGUCCAUUGACGGCCUCUCCUACACCACGUACAUGAAGGCGCAGGUGGGCAGUUACAGGAUCACCAUUGACAACCAGACCUGCGUCCUGCAGAAGGAAAACGAUCCCUCUGUACUCAGGUCUCCCUCUGCAGGUAAGCUGAUAAAUUACGCAGUUGAUGACGGAGGGCACCUGUUUGCUGGUGAUGUCUACGCAGAGAUAGAGGUCAUGAAGAUGGUGAUGGAACUGAGGGUCACAGAGAGUGGAUGUAUCCACUAUGUGAAGAGGCCUGGUGCCGUGCUUGAUUCUGGAAGUCUGGUGGCCAACCUGACCCUAGAUGAUCCCACACGGGUCGUGCAGGCGACUCCAUGCAAGGACAAGCUGCCAAACUCAGAGAACCCCCCGACCCACGGCAUGAAGCUCCACCAGAUCUACCAGCGCAGUGUGGAGGAACUGGAGCAGAUCCUCGCAGGCUACGUGCUGCCUGACCCGUACUUCUCACAGAAACUGCACGGCGCGGUGGACAGCCUACUCAAGUGUCUCAAGGACCAGCGGCUGCCGCUGCUGGAGCUCCAGGAGCUGAUAGCUGUGACGUCAGGUCGUAUCCCAUCCAGAGUUGAGAAGGCUAUCCGCAAGCUGAUGUUGUCCUAUGAGAACAACCUGACCUCUGUACUGUGUCAGUUCCCCAGUCAGCAGAUCGCCAACGUGAUCGACGGGCACGCAGCGACCUUGACACGUCGACCAGAGAGGGACGCAUUCUUCAUGAACACACAGGGCAUAGUGGAACUUAUACAGAGGUACAGGAAUGGUAUUCGUGGCCACACAAAGACAAUCAUCCAGGAUCUGCUGAGGCAAUACCUGAGAGUGGAGCAGCAGUUUCAAAACGGGAGCUGGGACAAGUGUGUGACACACCUGAUGGAGCGUAACAAGGAGGACAUGGCAGCCGUCACAGGGAUCAUCUUCUCCAGCCAGGCAGUCCAGGAGAAAAACAAACUGGUCAUCCAGCUCAUUGACCAGCUGUGCUGCAAGGAGAUCAACCUGACAGACGAGCUCACCAGCAUUCUCGGGGAGUUGACCACCCUGAACCGCGCGCAGAACGCCAAGGUGGCCCUGAAGGCACGCCAGGUGCUGAUCCAGGCACACCAGCCGCCGUACGAGCUCCGGCACAACCAGAUGGAGAACAUCUUCCUGUCUGCUGUGGACAUGUAUGGGCACGACUUCUGUCCUGAGAGUCUCCAGAAGCUGAUUUUCGCAGAGUCUGCCAUCUAUGACGUUCUACAAGAGUUCUUCUUCCACAACAACGCCUUUGUCAGGGUGGCUGCACUAGAGGUGUAUAUCCGGCGUGCCUACAUCGCCUAUGAGUUGAACUGCCUGGUUCACAGAGAGAUAUGUGGCGGUGUGUGUAUUGUGGAGUUCAGAUUCACCUUGCCCCGGUCUCACCCCAAUAGGAUGAUGGUGCUGCGUAUGGGCACACGUAUCCCUAGCAUCCCCAACCUGGACUCUACUGAGAGCAGCAUACAGAGCCUGAAGGGAAGCCUGGACGACAGCAGCCACAUAGACCAGCUGGAUGAACCACCCAUAGCCCAGAGGAUGGGCAUCAUGGCCGCCUUCUCAUCAUUUGAUGAGUUCAAGAGGAACUUUGACACGAUCAUGGAGGUAUUUGUAAUGGAGAGCUUUCCCAGCUCUCCCGUGGAUCUAACCUCAGAUCUCACGUUUGAGCCAGGCAAGGAAGACACCAUCUCUGUGCAGAGUGUGGCAGAGUCCGCGGUGGAGAAUGAGCCAAUCCACAUCAUCAACGUGGCCAUCCAGACCACACCCACCAUGGACGAUGAGACACUGGCAGCACAGUUCCAGGAGUUCUGCAUUGAGAAGAACUAUACUAUGGCAGAGCGUGGCAUACGAAGAAUUACGUUUGUUGUUCUUAGAAAGAAACUGUUACCCAAAUAUUUCACGUUCAGAGCAAAGUUUGAGUUUUACGAGGAUCGUAUCUACCGCCAUCUUGAGCCAGGACUGGCCUUUCAACUCGAGAUCAACCGAUUGCGCAACUUUGAUCUUGAGACAAUCCCAACUGCAAACUUCAGGAUGCAUGUGUACCUGGGGCGGGCAAAGCAACUUGCCCAGGAGAAGGAGGCUAUAGACUACCGAUUGUUUGUGCGCUGCAUCAUCCGUCACUCUGACCUGAUCACUAAGGAAGCCUCGUUUGAGUACCUGCACAAUGAAGGGGAGAAAACUCUGAUGGAGGCCAUGGACUCACUGGAAGUCGCCUUCAGUCACUCAGUGGCCUCAAAGACAGACUGUAACCACAUAUUCCUGAACUUUGUGCCUUCUCUGACAUUGGCAGAGCUAGGAAAGCUCGAGGAGACAGUUCACAGCAUGGUGAUGCGCUAUGGGAUGCGACUACUGAAACUGCGGGUCCUGGGUGCUGAGCUGAAAUUUUCCAUCAGGGUGGACGGUGAGACAAUUCCAAUCCGGUUCUACCUGACCAACGAGAGUGGUUACUACCUGAACAUCAGUCUCUACAGGGAGGUCACUGACCCACGCACUGGAUUGACCAUGCUGCAAGCGUACGGCACCAAGAAGGGAUCCAUGGAUGGGCUGCUGGCGUCCACGCCCUACGUGACCAAGAACCAUCUGCAGCUGAAGCGCUCCCUGGCCCAGUCCAAUGGGACCACGUAUGUCUAUGACUUCCCAGAGAUGUUCUCACAGGGUGUGGAUAAGCUGUGGAAGUCCCAUGUUGAGCAGUAUGGUCUGUCAGCAGACACAAUACCCAAGGACUGCGUGAUGUGUAGGGAACUCGUGCUGGACAAGAACGGACAUAUACAUCCCCAGAAUAGACUGCCUGGAGAGAAUGAGAUAGGUAUGGUUGCAUGGAACAUGACCUUGAAGACCCCAGAGUUCCCCCACGGACGGGACAUCAUCCUGAUUGCUAAUGACAUCACCUUCAGAAUCGGCUCAUUUGGAUGCCAGGAGGACAUGCUCUUUAAGAAAGCCUCUGAGCUGGCAAGGGCUGGAGGGCUGCCUCGGGUCUACAUCUCAGCCAACAGUGGGGCCCGUAUAGGACUGGCUGAGGAGGUGAAACACCUGUUCAGAGUGGCAUGGAAUGAUCCACAGGACCUAGAUAAGGGAUUCUCGUACCUGUACCUGCGUCCAGAUGACUUCAAGAAGGUUGCAGCCUUCAACUCUGUGAGAGCCGUGCUGAUAGAGGAUGAGGGAGAGGCCCGAUACAAGAUCACAGAUAUCAUAGGGAAGGAAGAAGGCCUGGGCGUUGAGAACCUGCGAGGUUCAGGCAUGAUAGCGGGCGAGACCUCACAGGCAUAUAACGACAUCGUCACCAUCAACCUGGUAACAUGCCGUGCUAUAGGUAUCGGUGCAUACCUUGUUAGACUGGGUCAGCGUAUUGUUCAGGUUGAAAACUCUCACAUCAUCCUCACUGGAGCUGCAGCACUUAACAAGGUGCUAGGACGUGAGGUGUACACCAGUAACAACCAACUGGGAGGCAUCCAGAUCAUGCACAACAACGGGGUCUCCCAUGCCACGGCACACGAUGACUUGGAGGGGGUCUACAAGAUACUACACACCCUUUCAUAUGUACCUUCUCAUCAUGGAGGUCCCUUGCCCAUACUGCCCAUGUGUGACCCCGUAGAGAGAGAUGUGGACUUCAUGCCCACCAAGGCUCCGUACGACCCACGAUGGAUGCUGGCUGGCAGACCACACCCAGAGAGGCGGGGAGAGUGGCAGAGUGGUUUCUUUGACAAGGACUCGUUCUGUGAGAUCCUACAGCCCUGGGCACAGACUGUGGUGGUGGGACGGGCGCGUCUAGGGGGAGUUCCUGUGGGCGUGGUUGCCGUGGAGACCAGGACCGUAGAGCUGAUGGUGCCAGCUGACCCGGCAAAUUCUGACUCCGAGGCAAAGGUGAUCCAGCAGGCAGGGCAGGUGUGGUUCCCUGACUCAGCAUUUAAGACGGCUCAGGCCAUACAAGACUUCAACAAGGAGGAGCUCCCUCUCAUUGUGUUUGCUAACUGGAGAGGCUUCUCUGGUGGCAUGAAAGACAUGUAUGACCAGGUGCUCAAGUUUGGGGCUUACAUCGUUGACGCCCUGCGCGAGUACGAGCAGCCGGUGAUGAUCUACAUCCCGCCGUACGGAGAACUGAGGGGCGGGGCCUGGGUGGUUGUGGAUCCAACCAUCAACCCAAACCACAUGGAGAUGUUUGCAGAUCAGCUCAGCAGGGGAGGAGUGUUGGAGCCGGAAGGUACAGUAGAGAUCAAGUUCCGUAAGCCAGACCUACAGAAGACUAUGCGGCGUGUGGACCCGGCCUGCAGGCAGCUGUCUGAGGAACUAGCAAACUCCCAGCUGACCCUGGAUGAGAAAUCAGCGCUGGAAACUGAGCUCAAGGCACGUGAAGAAUCCCUGAUGCCCAUGUAUCACCAGGUGGCCAUAUACUUUGCUGAUCUGCACGACACGCCAGGGCGCAUGGAGGAAAUGUCGGUCAUCUCGAGUGUUCUAGAGUGGAGGAGGAGUCGCAAGUUCUUUUACUGGCGUCUCCGUCGUCGCCUGCUGGAGUCGAGUGUAAAGAGGAAGUUGCGCCAGUACACAGAGGAGAAGACAGACGGGGAGAUCAACUCCAUGCUGAGUCGCUGGUUUGUGGAGGACAAGGGCACUGUCAAUGCCUACCAAUGGGAGGAGGACCAGGCCGUGGUGUCCUGGCUGUCCAGUCACCUGGCCCAGGGCCCCAGUGCCAGUCUGCUGCAGGAGAACAUCAGAUGUCUGCAGAGAGACCAUGUGAUCAGACAGGUCACUAGGUUGCUGGAAAGUAACCCGGAUGUUGCCAUGGACUCAGUGAUGCAGAUGGCCCAGUUGUUGACCCCGGCCCAGAGGUCAGAGGUCAGUCACCUGCUGGCCAGUCUAGACACAGUGCUGGAAGGGUCAGUCUUGCAUCCCUCUGGCGGGGCCCAUGUAUGAGGCAUGGGGAAGGCAACAUAGACAUCAGUGUAAUGGGACUGGGGACUGUCUGAAGGAUGACAUGUGGUGCCCAAGGACCAAGUGUGUUGCAUGAAAUGUGAUAUUCCUCAGGAGAGAGAUUUGUGUGGACCUUAACAUGUCUGGUUAUCACCCAUUAUAUGGGACCCUUUCUGUAUGAGCUGCGUUCUGAGAAAAUGUAUGCGCCUAAAGUGUCGUCCCAGAUAAACCUGUGCAGUCCAAACAGGCUAAUCAGGGAUGACACUUUCGGCUUUUAUUGAUUUGUGUGUAUGAAGGAAGUAUCUUCUAAACGAAAGUGAAGUUUAGGUGGAAAGUGUCGUCCUUUAUUGGUUGUGCAGAAAGCACAGUUUUUCCAAAACGAAGCUCAUAUGCUAUUGUAAGUUAUGACUCGUAAGACAGUUGCUUUUACAAAAUUCAUUGCCACUGGUUUUCAAGACAUAACUAACUUACAGGGGUUUAUUGAAACAGUCUUCAAAACAAUACUUUAUCCAUGACAUUAUUUUUGUGUGUUGUUUUUUAAUAUUGUUUCAUGCACUUGUGUGAUUGUGUCAUAUUGUAACAGUUGGAUCCCGUAAUUUGCUCGAGUUAAGGAAAACCCACUAAUCCCGCUGUACAAACAACGCUGGUAAAUUAUAUCAACCAAUUAUAGCUUUAUUAAAAUAAUAAUGGUUGAUAUGAUGUGUGAUUUUGAAAGGAUUAUAUAUUGGUCAGCUGAAUUUGUACCAGCAGAUAAGUGGGUAUUUUUUAAAAGGUUGCUUUUCUGGGAUGCAGAGUUGGACCAUGCUCUAUUUUAAUGCAUGUGCACAAAGUGUCGUCCUAGUUAGCCUGUGCAGUCGGCACAGGCUUAUCAGGGACAUCACUUUCCGCUUUUAUGAUAUUUUCUGUUUAAAGAAAAAUCUAGUUAAGGCGGAAAGUGUCGUCCCUGAUUAGCCUGUGCAGACUUCACACAUGCAUUAAACCCAUUUUUCACAGAGCAUGGUCCAUAUAUUGAAACUGGUUACUGAUGAGAGUAUUUAGAACAUAAGGGAUCGGCAGAUUCACUUACUUAUUAAAUGUAUGUAAGUAUGCUAUUUAUUCUACAAUCAAAUGUUAAACCCUGUUAAAUCUAUGUAACCUUCUUUGUAAAAUUGUCUAGUUUGUCCAUAGACUGUCAAUUAAAAAAUCAUGUGAAAGUUUUUUGUUAAAUGUACAUUUGAUCUUUGCUCUGAGUAAACUGGGCUUUAUGCAUCGUCCAAAUACACCCCUUGUGGACUGCACAUGCUAAUCUAGAAUGAGACUUCACAUCCAAAUACACCCCUUGUGGACUGUACAUGCUAAUCUAGAAUGAGACUUCACGUCCAAAUACACCCCUUGUGGACUGUACAUGCUAAUCUAGAAUGAGACUUCACAUCCAAAUACACCCCUUGUGGACUGUACAUGCUAAUCUAGAAUGAGACUUCACGUCCAAAUACACCCCUUGUGGACUGUACAUGCUAAUCUAGAAUGAGACUUCACAUCCAAAUACACCCCUUGUGGACUGCACAUGCUAAUCUAGGAUGAGACUUCACGCACAUGCAUUAAGCCUGAUUUUCACACGGCGCAGCGCAUUUAUUGAACUUUGAUUUAUUGGUUUGAUUGUUGAAGUGUUGUUAUAUAGUGAAUGUUUUGUUUUUACAUAAAUAUAUUAUUUAUACGUAUUUUGCUAAUUGGUAUAAUGUAAGUGUGUUUGUUUUCCACAUUUAGAUAAUCUUAUCUUACUGUAUGGUUUCCUUUUCAUUGUUGUUAUGGUUAUGUACCUUGUUAAUGAUAUUUAAAUGGUCAAGCAGCCAAUGGUAAGAAUCUGGAUAACUGUUACACAGCAAUUUUAGGAUCUUUUUUGUUUAGCGAUUGCACAUUACAAUAGAAAUACGAACAGGUGCCUGUUUUGGUUACGUUUUCGAUUACGUUAAGAUUUAACCAAGGUAUUUGAAUUCGGUUUUCUUUAUCCAAAUAAAGGUUAUCUUUUGGAUUGGCGAAAGUAAUCAAGAUUUAUGCCAAUAGCUGCUGUAGAAUAUCUCUGUAUUAAAGAUCAGAGACGUAGAUGUUAUCUAAGUCUCUGUAAAGAUGUAGAACAACAAAAGGGCCGAUUAAAAAUACUGCCCUGUGAUAGAUUUUAAGAUAAUAAUAAACGAUUUUGCAAGAAUGUUUAAGAAAACUGAUUCUAAUCAUUGUUUAUAAAAAGACGCUAUUAGUAUGUUAUUUAUUGUUAGGGUGUAGGUUAGUAUUUAGGAACUUACAUCAAUAUUCAACAUUUCUGUGUUGGCCAGCGAAGAUGGACAGUAUCGAAUCAAUAUUCAACAUUUCUGUGUUGGCCAGCGAAGAUGGACAGUAUCGUGGGGUACAUAUACUAUAGAUUGGAUUUGUAGAAGGCAUGCAUGGUUAUUUAAUGCAAGUAUUUUCCAGAUCGAUUUGGAAAUAGGUUUGCAGAAACGUUCACCUUCAUGGGACAACAUCCAGGUAAUCGCCGCUAAUGUCAUGGUGUUAUACUAUAGAAUGUGUUAUGUAUGUUUAGUGUCCGCUCUGUGCAAAGAUAUAUAAGUUACCAUGAAUAUUUAUAGAUCUUUGCUCUGUGUGAAGGAAUUGAGCAACAUUUCGAGGAGCGGCCUGCGAUAACCUGCUUGAGUUCUCUUCAUGUUUAACUCGUCAAUCCUGAAUUCCUUUUAGUUUCUACUCGUAAAAACUAAAUAUUGAUAUUAUCGGCAACAACCUGUUGCCCCUGACAUUCAUUCCUCAUUGAAGAAGCAGGCAUUUCAUGUUAUGUGUCAAAUGUAGAGAUAGCUAUGAUGAUACUUGAUAAGUUUGUCGAUAUAUUCGAGAAUGUGAAUUCCAUGUAAUGUGUCAAAAUGUGUAGAUUGCUAUGCGGCAACUCAUUUACGCUGUUUAUAUUUUCUAAAGCAGUGUGAUAAAUGCCGUUUAUUCCACUCCCCUGGAAAUGUUGUAAAAGUAAUAGAAUUUUCGAUGCAUUUUAUCUUGUUAUCGAUUACUGUCCAUGAUAAUUGAUUAGAGCUGUCAAAAUGUUCUGCAAUUAUGAUAAGGAUUGAUUUAUUACGUUAUAUUUAUAUUAAAAAAAGCUUAUUUUGUUUUGUAAAAUCGGUUACUUAUGUUUAUAUACAUAACAUAAUAACAUGUGUUGUUUUGUCUACCGUUGUAUUAAUAAAAUAAUAAAAUAUAUGAAUACAUGUA